AUGUCUCAGCUGCAACGAAAUGAAACAACCGAGGUAAAGACCGCCAAAGCCGCUAAGCGACGAGCUGAGAUCGCCCGCAUCGCUUCCAAGCACAGAUCAGGAAACAGCCAUCCAGCAAAGGCGGAGUCUCAUCAAGCGUUAUUGUACGACAAGCCAGUCCCAGUUUCGAAUGGCUCGAUCGGCCAAGGCGAGCCUGGAUUCAACCUGUCACAUAUACUAAAGGCGAUGCAUGACGAACUCGACAUUGUGGAACGGCUCCUGAGUGACACAAGUGAACCGAUGACCGACGAACUUAUUCAAAGCCUGCAAAAACGAAUAAACGUUGUUGCAGGGACUAUCGAAGGGAUGAAAGACGAAUCCAAAGGGUUGCUUGAAAUUAGUACUAUGACAGAGGAAACGCUUGCAUUAUCGACGGCUCAGCUGGUCAAGGUGGAAGAACGGUGUCACAUUGUUGAACAGUGGGUACAACAGGUGCGAGCUUAUUUUUCCACGAAUGAGCGCGCCAGAAGCGAGAUACAGGAACAUCUAGCGGUAUUGGCUCAGAGGGAGAUUGCCCAGCCUGUGGAUCCAUUUAUACCCGAUGUGGUCAUGCCUGAUAAGGAGAUACAAACGAUGAGCGAAGAACAUGACCGCUUGAAGCAAGUCAUUGAAGCAUUCGAUACGAAAACAAGACCUUCCCUAGAAUCAUAUGUACUUAGCUUCGCCAACAUCGAAAAGGAACGCAACCUAAAUCCGCACGAUCUAGCGACUGUCCAAAUCACGCUAACGACACUGGGAUUGUUGGAGAAAUUGACACAACAGUUGCAACGACGAACUUUGGUGAUGGACUUGCUAAUGCUACGUGUUCGCUGGGAAAGCAAAUUCAACCGAAGUGUGAGAUGGAUUGCAGUCACCGAUAGGGAAAUUGAUGACUUUAUUGCCAGUAAAGCGCGCUGGUCGGAAAACAACGAGGAUUACCAUGGAAGCAUAGUAAACACGAAUCGUGAAUACCGCGGGGCCAUUGAAGAAGUGCUCAACAUCCUUGUGGCUAUCGAAAAGAAGGUGUGGGAUUUCGAUUCUGGUGGAUACUCGGAAGUGUUGGAUCGCUACCAUGAGAUCGAACAAAAAAGUCAGUCAAGCUUGCCCAACCAUCUCGAAGUACGGCAAAAGGGAUUUGAAAAAGCUUUCGAGGACCUGAUCAAAAGAAGUAUUCUCAGCCGAAAAGUCGUGGAGCAACAUCUUUCCAUGAUUGAUGCAGUGCUGCAAUUUCGAAAAUUGAGAGACGAAGGCGAAGCAUUACGUCAGUUGAUGCUUGAAGACCCCGAAAGUUAUUCUUGGUUAAAAGGUGAAGACGAAUUUGCCGAACUCAUCCAGCUGUUCAAAAACAAUUCCGCGUACCUUGUCACGAACAUUACUUCCAAGAUCCCUUAUCCUGACCCACCGUCCAUGUCCACGGCAAUGGGAAGUGAUGAUGCUCAAGCAGUACAAACCACCAAUGAAUCGAUCCGUAGUACUAUUAGCGGCUACAGCAUGACCCUUGCUCUAAUUGCUGAUGGAUUAGACCAGCUGCUCCUUUCACGUAAAAGCGUUCAAAUGCUGCAAAACCGCGCUAUGCAUGCCCAUGACGCAUUAAAUCGAGUCAUUGGUUGGAUGACGGGUCGUUUGCAACUGCUGGAACAGUGCGAGUUGCCGUUGUUUCGGUUGGAUAUGCACGAUAUUACCGAGGAAGAUAUUUCGCGUAUGGAAAAAGAACGUGAUAACAUUAGUGAUCGGUUACAACAGUUGGAACAGGAAGACUUGACAAAGUUAUUGCAGGAUGUCCGUGCCUUGGAAUUGGAUGUGGAUGCUUUGAACGCAGUCAGUAUCGACCGAAGCACCUUGAUUAAUCAAGUGGAAACGCUUGAGAAAACGCAUUCCACAUUGCAUGAAAGGUUAGCCCAACGAGGCCUCGAGCUGGAAGCAUUACGAAAUCGGUUAUCGUGGGAAUCGCAAUGGCUGAAAGCGCACCAAUGGAUCCUCUUGAACGCUCGCAAACUAUGGGACUUUAACGCGAAGAAAGCACGUUUCAGUCCUUCUCGGGAUGAUACAGAGAGUCCUUCCUAUGAUGGCGAUCAUGAGAUUCGCCAAAUUGCGCAAACCUUGCAAGAUCGCGUCAAUGAAAUUCAGGCCAAGUAUAUCGAACCGUUGUCCAUAGCAUACGACAGCCUAACGAAGAGCUACCAAGCAUUUGCUGAUAAUCCUGAAGCCAAAGCGUCGUGCGAACAGAUCCAAGCCAAGGAAUCGCUUUUGCUUCAAAAGUACAGUGAACUACAGCAACUGUCAGGGCAUACCUCGGAAUUAUUGACGCAUCGGUUCAUGGUCAUUGAGUUUCUGCUCAGAGUACACGAUGCUCAACAUGAAGGGGAGAAAAUCAAGGAUACUAUUCUCAAGAUGAUGAGACGCAUUAUGGAACAUAACCAACAACGUUGUACGGAGCGUGUGAAGCAGUUUAAGGACACCAUUACGAAGAUCUGGGAUGAUUGCGGCAAAGAACUGGUUUAUCCAACCUUCCAUAGCCAAGUAUUACAAUCAUCGGUCGUGUCUAUCCGAGAUACCAACGACGGUCUUGCAUUAGUGCAGCAACAGAUGGCGGAAUUAAUGGACCGUAAAAUGGGCACUUUGCGGAAGCUGGAACAAUCCAUGGAAGAGCUUAUAGAAGCAUAUGAUGAAGCCGACAAGAUGAAAUCGCUGGCGCACCAAUACGACGUUGAAGUCUCCAAAUUACGCCGCUGGAUUGACGAGCAGAUUACCGUCUUGAAAAGCCAGCACGUUGACGUUGCGGAAGAAGCAUUUCAGCACAUCUCUGAACAGUACGUUCGAGAGCUUCAGCAGGAACGGUCGCAAUUGGUAUCCAAGGUGCAAGACUUUGAAAAUUCGGAGCUGCAGCUGCUGCACGACCAAGUUGCCCAGUUCUUGGAAUCGUCGAUGCAAAAACAGCCCACGUUAAUUGUGGAUACCACGACAGCCACCAGAAGCUUGAAAGAUCUGUUGGAACAGUUCCAGCACUUGAAAACAGGCCUGAACUAUCAAGCCAUCACCCUUGAAGCUGCACUCAAACGACUAGCUUGGCAAGAAAAGUUGCGACGUGGAACUGAAAGGCUGGAAUCGAUGAGCCAGCAAUUGCGGGAUUUCACAGCGAAAAAGAACAAAUGGAGCUUGCCAGAAGAUUUAUCGACGGAACAUAUGCUCCAGCUGGAAAAAGAACUGAACAACCUUAUUGCGCAAAAAACUGACUUCAUCUUGGUUAUGAUGCCGGAAAUUCAAAAAUGUUACGAGGAUUUUAUUGAAUACUUUCCUCGUCUUGCUCGUCCAAUAGCCACGCCAGAUCACAUUGAGGCCAAUAUGGAAGCGCUAGAACGUAUGUCCAACCGUUUCCAAGAGAAUAUCAGUUCAAAAAUUACCGAGCUGAAUCUGUUCAAGCAAUGCAUACGUUGGAUUGAAGCCGUGGGUCGAACGGUCGAGUUUCUUACCAAGCAAGAAAGCCUUCUUGAAGCGUUUGUGAAUCACAAGGCACGCUGGUGUCCAAAAACCGUUUUGCAGGACAAUGAUGAAGAAGAACUUCGCAUUGAGUGGGCCAAGUUCAAGCAAGCAUUUGACGAACAGGGUGCGGUCGCUGGCCAGCUCAAGCAGCAAUUUGAGGAAUUGCGAGCUACGGCAAAUGAAUGCAACAGCAACAUUGUUGGGGACAUGCUUUCCAAGAAAUGGCAAGAUAUGGCGGGCGCUGAAAAUAAAGUUGAUCACUAUUUGAUCUUCUCCAACGAGAUCGUCACCCAACGCUGUCUCAUUGCUGCAUUCAUAUUCCGAAGCACUCAGUUGGAACAGUCGGCUGAGGUAAUCCACGAAGAAUUUCUCGCAAGUCAACAAGAUACAGACAGCCAUGUGGACCGCUUGGAUCGCUUUAAACGCGGGGUGGAUGAUGUUCGCGACCACCUGGCUAGCAGUAUUCCGUAUCCUGUACGAUCGUUGGAAUAUGCAUCAGCAGAACAUCAACUCAAAGACGAAACUGCCAACGCCAUUAUCAAAGACACUAUUGAGAUACGUAAUACACGUUUGCAAGACCGCUUGUCCUCGUUACAACUGAUCUUGGCAUCCAAGCAGCAUAUAUCCCGUCAACGCAUGAUGCUCCGCAGUUAUGUAACGCAAUUGGAAGCAUGCCAAACCUGGAUUACUGUCCGUCGAAGCAUGGUGGAAGACAAUAAGCACAUUCAAGCGACGGAAUCUAUGGAAGUAGGAGAGCUCAGAGAAGCUUUGAGUGUCAUUAUCAGUAUUCAGCAAGCCAUGUCCGCGACCGACAACGUAUUUACAUCGCUCAUGUCAGCUUACCGAAAGUGCGAACUUGCCUUCCAAGAACCUGUGAAUAAUGAAUUUGUCUCAACCGACGAUGAAGUAUCCAAGGAGAACUUCGAUACGCUGUUACCUGAACAGAAUCGUUUGGAAAAAGCGUGGUAUCAACUGUCCGAUGAUGUUACUUACAUCAGCGAAGGAAUGGCCAAUUUGCUAUUGACCAAGGAAAUGGAGCAUGAUGUUCGUAUGAUGCUCGACCGACUUCAGCAACUUCGGGGCGAGAUGGAAGCGCAGCAAGUCUCAUCCGUUUCCGAUACCAUCAUCACGAUGUGGCAGAACCAAGUUGAUGCGAUUGACACGAACGAGUAUCAGGUUAUUUAUCAACAAUGGUCCAGCAAAAAAAAUACUCUGAAAGACGAACUUGCGCAAACCACGGAAAAGAAACUUCAUGAAGCUGAGAAGCUUAUCGGCGAAAUUCGAAGCAAAAUGUCUCUGCUCCUCAAUGGAAUGACUCUCCAUCGGUUGCAAACCGAUUAUUCUCACACGAUGGGGGCUCUUAUGGAUAGUAUGACAGAGAUGACCACGCGUAUCCGAGAUUCCAAGCAAACAUACAAAGCAGUUCCCAGCUCUUCGAAAGACGACCGUACCCUGCAGUAUCAAGCCCUUUCUUCACUUCUCAAGGAAUCGAAAAAAACGAUGAACGAAGGAAGUGACAGAUACCAUGACUUGUGUGCUUUAUACACUUCGAUCCAAGAGCUUGCAAAGAACGAAAGCACUCAUUUGUUGCACGAGAAAACGAAAAAAGCAUGGAAAGAUUUCCAAGACGAAGCAACCGAGUUUGUGAUGUUUGUCAGUCGCACUUCAAAAUGGAUGGAUUCUUACGAUCAAUUGGAUACGGUAUACACGGAUAUUUCCUCGUGCUGUGACCGCCUUGACCAUAUGGAGAUUGAUGACUUGGAUGCUGCAACGAGUAUCUUGGCCGAAUGCAAGAAAAGUAUCAAAGAUAAUGAGCUUCUGUUGGAAGAGUUGGAUGAGCAAGUCGAUGCAUCCGACAUGGAUAAUAUUCCGCAGUUUCACGAAAGGCGCGUGGUUGUUGCUGGGCAAUUGGAUAGUCUCCGUGCUUUGUUUGCGAAGAACAAUGAUACACUGGAGUCGGCACAAAAGAAGCAAUCUGUUUUGAAAGCUAUUGACCGCUUACAUCAGAAAUGUCAAGAUCAACUACGUAACAGCGAACAUUUGCCGGUGGCGGAAAAGGAAGCUUUGAAUGGAGAUACUCAGACGAUCUUUUCGGCUAUUCAGUUGUAUAAAGACACGUUGAGAACCAUUCAAAACGGCUACCAUGAAUGCAAAAUCGAAUUUGAAACGUUCAUCAAUAAGGAAAUGGAAUACAUUACGCAGAAGGGAGCGAUGUCGGUCGAAGAAGCUUCCGAAAUCCAACGUCCACUUGAAGUCGGUCUUACUAUGCUCAGCGGCGCACUCAUCGUGGAAGAAGGUUGUUUGAAGCAUUUGAAAUCGGUUCAUAUGCUGGUACAAAAGGCAGAUGCGGUUACAGACAUCAGCGUGAGAUUCAAGCGAGUUGCAAGCCAUGUGCAAGACAUCGAAGCAGACUAUUCGGAAAUUGACUUUGGCUCGGCCGACAUCGACCGCCACUGUGAAGCCAUUGAAGAACUCGUGGCUGACUAUAAUACGUUUAGUCAUGAAUUCAAACAACAAUUAGCAACCAAUGCUUUCUCCAAGAGCCGGACUGCCGCUGUACGCAAUACGGUGACGAAGAAGGACGAAGAGGUUCAUCACCAGUGGUCGGAAAUCGAGGGUUUUGCAGCAUCUGUUCGAGCUUCCCUCAAAGAACAUGAACGACAUCGCGACUUUGUGAGCAAACUCAACGAAACGAAGCGCUAUGUGGACAACCUAAGACAACGAGUUCGUUCGUUACAUCUCACUAGCAAAGAAGCUCCGAUGGAAGAUCAAGACCUGCAAGAGAUUCUAUAUGAAAUGGACACUACUCUGAAAACGAAGAUAGAAGCCAUUGAUCAAUUGCAUGGUGUCUCUAUAGACAAAACCGGACGCUUCAGAGACACGAAAAUUCAGUUGAUCGCAGCUGUGGAACAGGUCCAAGAGAUGCUACGUUCCAAGCAAAAUCAAGCUUCUGAACAAGAAAAUAUUACCGAGUUGACGACCAUGAUGGACCGAUUGGAAGAAGAAAUAGCCCACGUCGUUGUGGCUAUUGAAAAUGCCGCACCUCAGCACGCCCGUAUCGUCAACAACAAGUUCAAUAAGGCCGACUUGCAGAGCAUCCUCAAGACACUGGUUACUACGUACAAAACGCACGCGGCAAAAAUUGGAGAGACGAUCAAGGAGAUCAAAAACUAUGUUCAAGCGCAAGAGCUCCACGACCAUCCGAAUAUAACGGAACCGCUCAAUAAAUUGAUUGCCAAAUGGACCAAGACCCAGUCAUCAGCCUCUAUGCGAGAAAAAGAAUUGCAGACAUGUAUCAAUCAGCUUGAUCACGAAUUUUUUACGAAGCUCGCUGUAGCCAAGUCUACCGUUCGGGAUCGUCAAGAAGCCAAUGUACAGCAAGGCUCUUCCUAUUUGCGGUUGGAUCAUUCAACCAAUGAUAAAAAGUGGCCAGCUGUGUCUCAUGCCAGGGUGAGCCAAGCUACUUUUCCAAAAGAGCCAUUACAUACAACAGCCUACCCUCGCGUUCCUGUUCUUGCCGAGUCCAAAAGCGAGCUUGAUAGAGAAGUGGGUCGCAUUGUCAAUGACAGUCCUUACCGCGUCAAAGUGAAAAAUGUUCCAGGCGAAGUUGGUAAAUACUGGUUUGGCGACGAAAAUCCGCGUUUGGUCUAUUGCCGUAUUUUGUCCAGUCAAUUGGUCAUGGUCCGUGUAGGAGGGGGUUGGGUAGAAUUGUCAAAGUUUUUGAGAGAUCACGGCUUGAACGAAGGGAUAGUCUCUCCACGAACGAACGAAGAAGCAUCUACAGGGUCACUGAAUGAAACACCACGUUUUAAAGAAGCCUACAUGUCUGUUGUACGAAGCGUAUCUCCAUCUGGAAGAGUGGUUCUCCGCGGCGGUGGAGCGAGCUCGGACAAUGGAAGCAACGGCAGCACGGGGUUGACUCCUACACGCUCAUCAAGUAAAUCGUCCGGUUCCAGAUCAAGAUCGCCUAUUCCAUGUGGUUAUGUGGAUGGCGAUAAAUAUAUCCGUAUCGACGAAGCCGGUAACCAAGUUGUUAUCAAAAUGACAAAGGCAGCCGACGACGCCAAAACUCCUACUAUAUCAAGAAAGCGAACAAGAGAAAAACUGAACAAAGCAAGCUAG